UACGUAAUUUUUUAAAAAUGAUGAAUAUUAAUCAAAAAGCAAAAUUUAUGACUUAAGUUUAAAUAAUAUCUUCAAUAUAAAAAUUUGAAUUUACAAAUGGGUAAAAUAAUAAACAUUCUAUUUUUGAAAUUUGCGUGUAAUAUAGAAAACAUAAUAAAAUUGAUAUCCGAUAUAAUUAAUAAUUGUUCAAGUAAUGAAUGAAAAAAAUUUUAAUUGUUAAAAAUCAGUAACGCUAGCGUUACUAUAUAGCUAUAGCGUUACUGAUUUUUUACCGAUUAAAUUUUUUUUUCAUUAGUUACUUAAACAAUUAUUAAGUUGAGAUAAUUUUUUUUGCUUGACGGAACUUUUUGCAUCAAAUAUAUAUAUGUUUUUGUUGGAAACACAAUAACUAUUGUAAAUAUUCAAAAUUUACAAAACUGUUUAACUUGUAUUUUUUAUUUAUUAUUUUAAACAAAAAAACGUGUAUUAUCUAUUUAAAAAAAAACUUUCAACCAAAAAAAAAAAUAUUGGCACACAAUUUUGACUCAUCUUUAAAAUAUUAUCUAUUGAGUAUUUUAUGACAUUUAUAUUUUAUGUGAUAAGAAUUUUUUUAUUUAAGAACAAAUUUUUUCCUCUUCGUGUUCAGUUUUAGUUUUGCAAGUUAUUAAUUCUACUAAAAUUUUAUUAGAAGCAGCCUAACAUAAAAUAAUGAAUCCUUUAUUUAUAAUUGAAAAUAAUAUUGUCAAAGGUCAAAGGCUACCUCCACUGGCAUCAGAUAUUCGUCUAAAUGAAGUAUUGUUGGAAACUUUCAAAAAACAUCCCGAUUUCAUUGGACUGAUUGAUGCACAAACAGAAGAAACGUGGACGUAUAAAAAAUUAACAGAUACCAGUAUUCGUUGUGCUUUAUGGCUUAAAAAACAAGGAAUUAAAGCAGGCGAUGUAGUAUCAAUCUGCUCUUAUAAUAUCAUUACAGAAAUGGCCCCUUUUUGUGCAAGCUUAUUCCUUGGAGUCAAUCUCAAUCCAUGGUAUCCCGAUUUCUCGGAUGUUUUAGAAUCAAUUGGAUUUUAUGUGAAGCAGACAAAACCAAAGAUAAUAUUUGCUGAUGAAGAAGCAGCAAUUAAAAUUAAAGAAUUUGUUGAACAAGAGAAUAUCAAUUUGAAAAUCAUCGUUUUUGGCAAUGUUUCUGGAUUUGAUUCAUUUGAUGAUAUCAUUAAAGAAAUGAGUGAAGAAAAAAUUGAUAAUUUUCAUUGUUAUCCUGUAGAACAUGAUGACAAUGCCUUGAUAUUAUUUUCUUCAGGAAGUGGUGGUUCACCAAAAGCUAUACAACACUCGUAUCGUUCUCUACAUUACAAUUCAUAUAGAUUCAAUAAAAAAUUUGAAUUUGGAAAAACAUGCGUUACGAUGCAAACUUCGCAAUUAAAUUGGAUAUCUUCUGUUUUAAAUGGCUUGCGAAGUCUAUUGAAUAUCUAUCCAUUAGUUUUGAUUAAUAAUAAAACACCUGAAGAAAUUUGUAUAGCUAUCCAAAAAUAUAAGAUUCAGUGGGUAUUUUUGAAUAUUAGUCCUCUUAAUGAAAUAUAUAAAUCACGUUUAUUGGACAAAUACGAUUUAUCAACAAUUGAAGAAAUAUUAACUGGAGGUUCAUAUCUUCAUCCAGACGUUGAAACAUAUAUUAAUAGUAACUUGAAAAAUGGAGAAGUUUUGCAUGGAUAUGGAAUAACUGAAAUAGGAACAAUUGCUACUGUACAAAAUAAGGGCAACAAUAAUUAUGAAUCUUGUGGUGUAAUAUGUUAUGAUUUAGAUUUAAAAAUAAUUGAUGUGCAUACUAAAAAAAUUUUAGGUCCAAAUGAAACAGGUGAAAUUUAUUUUAAACAGGAAUAUAUGAUGAAAUACUAUUUAAAUAAUCCAAAAGCUACAAAAGAAGCGAUUGAUGAAAAUGGUUGGUUACACAGCGGAGAUAUGGGAUAUUACGAUGAAAGUGGAAAUAUAUAUCUUGUUAAUAGAGUAAAAGAUUUAAUUAUUUAUAGAGAUAUCAAUAUUUGUCCCAUAGAAAUUGAAAAUGUUCUUCUAAAACAUCCAAAGGUAUUAGAAGUCGCAGUAGUACCAAUACCUCAUUCAGUUGAUACUGAACAUCCAAUGGCAUUUAUUUCAACAUUAGACAAUUUUAAGAUACCAGAAGAUGAACUGUUGAAAAUGACCUCAUUUUUGAGUGAUUGUAAAAAAUUACGUGGAGGAAUAAAAUUUUUAGAAAAACUACCUAAAACAGCAACUGGAAAAAUAGAUAAAAUGAAACUAAAGGAAAUGGCAAAAGUUUAUGCUAAAUAAUACAAAAAAAAACAAAUUAAAAUGAUAUGAAAUUGAAAAUAUUCUUUCAAAUGUAUUUAAAAAAUCUAUAAUCUGAAAAGGCACUAAUUAAAAAUAUAUAAUUUUAGUAUUAAACAAAUUUAAUUUAAGUAAUUAAUAUUAUUUUUAGAAAAUGAAAAAAAGUAAAAAGUAUUUAAAAUGUAAAAAAAAAUAAAAAUAAUAUUAAAAGUG